GUAGCGCUCUCCCUAUAUUGCUUAAGCUCUUGGCUUUGAGGAACAUGGAUUCAUGACCUAGAGGGGAAUAUGAGCGGCUGGAAGAAAAAAUAGGGAAGUCUGGUCAUUUUCUCCAUUAUAUACUCCUUCAUCCGAUCUGGGGUUUAGCUUAGGGUUUAAUUAGUUCUAAGGAGUAUUUUGGAAAAUUCUCAAUUACGGGUGAGUUUAAUCCAAAACUCAGUUAGCUUUCGUAACUUUCUCGUUUCAUAUAAAAAGUCGACACCGUUCUAACCGAGAGUUAACAUUUUUAGUCCUCGUCGAUAUUACAGUGGAAUUUGAAAAAUUUCGCCAUAAGCAUAAUAGUCAUUUUGACUUUUGGCAAGAGCAGGGUGUAAUAGAGUGAGGUGGAUCGGCUCUACUGAAUGCCUCAUGGAGAAGAGAGCUAGCAACCCUCUGUUUGUGAUCAGAUGUCCAGACUGCAGGCUGGAGAUGACAUAGCGGGUGAGCAGGGUAUGCAGGAUCCUCCAAGGGGUCCUCACCUUUACCGCAUUAGUGUGGCUCGCUUCGUAAUCCUCGUGCUCAUGCUUUGGACGACUAAGGACCUUGAAUGCGACCUGAUAGUGGAAGUCGGCUGUGUACUGCCGCUCUGUCAUCGUCAUGUACGUUGGGUUGAGCCCCAUGGACUGGGCAAAGGCAUCAUAGGUCAACACUCGAGUCUGACCUCCCAGCAUGAACUCCACAUAUGGCCGACUCUUCUUGCCGGUCGGGACUACGUGGGAGAACAUGGAGUAGAACUCCACGCAGAGUUCGUGGUAAAUGAACUCGCCAAUCGAGAGCAGCAGGCGCCACUAGGGGUGACAGAUGACCCCUGACAUUGAGGCUCGGCACCUGAACAUGUUAAACAUGUCCAGGUCCAGCCGCCAAUGCUGCUCAAUCGGGCUAUCCCGCUGGUAGGAGAACUUAUCUCAGAACUGGGCGUGGUUCACCAGGUAACUGAUGAACUCCUGCACCACGUUCAACAUCCUGAAAAAUCGACAACCAUGCACCAUACGUGCAAGUAAACGUCAAUAACAGCUCAUUGGGAGGAAAAAGAAUUCCCCCCCCCCCCCAUACUUAAAUUUCCAGUCCGGAUCCAUGCUAAUCAAAACAAUUAAGCUUA